UCAAAUAAUCCACACUCACUACUCCCUCUCCCUAAAAAACAGAGUAAACAAACAAACAAACAGAGCCAUGGCUAAGGAUGUUGAGGUUCAAGAACAAGGUGAAUACUCAGCAAAAGAUUACCAAGAUCCACCUCCCGCACCAUUGAUAGACCUUGAUGAGUUAACAAAGUGGUCCUUUUACAGAGCUCUUAUAGCUGAAUUCGUAGCAACACUUCUCUUCCUUUAUAUCACUAUUUUAACCAUCAUUGGUUAUAGCCACCAGACAGACGCUAGCGCUGGUGGCACCGACUGUGAUGGCGUUGGCAUUCUCGGUAUUGCCUGGGCUUUUGGUGGCAUGAUUUUCAUCCUGGUUUACUGCACCGCCGGUAUCUCUGGAGGACACAUAAACCCUGCGGUGACAUUCGGCCUAUUUGUGGGACGGAAAGUGUCGUUAUUAAGGGCAGUAUUCUACAUUGCAGCACAGUCUGCAGGUGCAAUCUGUGGUACCGGAUUAGCCAAAGGUUUCCAAAAAUCAUAUUUUGACAGGUACGGUGGUGGUGCCAACUUUAUCCAUGAUGGUUACAACAAAGGUACAGCUUUGGGUGCUGAGAUUAUUGGUACCUUUGUUCUUGUCUACACCGUCUUCUCUGCAACUGAUCCUAAGAGAAACGCUAGGGACUCUCAUGUUCCUGUUUUGGCACCAUUACCUAUUGGAUUUGCUGUUUUCAUGGUUCAUUUGGCUACUAUUCCGAUCACCGGUACCGGUAUUAACCCAGCAAGAAGUUUCGGAUCCGCUGUGAUCUUAAACCAGGAUAAAAUUUGGGAUGAUCAGUGGGUUUUCUGGGUUGGACCAAUAAUUGGAGCAACAGUGGCUGCAAUUUACCACCAAUACAUUCUAAGAGGAUCAGCAAUUAAAGCUCUUGGAUCAUUCAGGAGCAAUGCUUAAUUGAUUAAUUAAUUAAUUAAGCUAAGCUAAAUUGCUUUAUUUGCCAACGAAGCUAUGGUGUUAAUUUCCACAAAAUGAAUAAUGUUGAUGAGUGAAAAUUCAGUGGUCCUUUUAGGUUUUUUUUCUUCUGUAUUUUCCUUUUCAGUUAUAGCUGUGGGGUUUGGAAGAAAAAAACUAAAAAGAAGGACCACGAAAUUGUAGAUAUCCAUGUUUGUGUUUCAAGGGUGUAAUUUUUAUCCCUUUUGUGUCUUUUCUUUUUCUUUUUAUUUAUUAUUUCCAAUGUAUGUAUUUGAUUCCCAUGUGUUUGUUUUUCUA